GGUCCAUGAGAACAUUUUUCAAGACCCAAUCGAUGGAUUAAUGAGCCAAUUGGGAGCUUCGACAUCAACUUCAAACUUCCUACUUCCUCUAGCUAGUGCCUCUCCAUCCAUGUACCAGUUGGAAGCUCCAUCACCAACUCCACAAUUUCAAAUAUCACCAGCUUAUACUCCUAUGCAGCAAACUAUGGUGAGGAAUCAAAUUGUACAAAGACCCCAAAAUCAGCAAGUGGGAGUGUUGAAUAACUCAUCCAUGGGACAGUUUGGGCAUGAUGCAUCUUAUGGGAUUCAGCAACAAUAUUCAACACCAACAUUAGGCAAUCAUGAGAACAAUCCAAACAGGCAAGAUGGUGUAAUAUCAACUUUUCAGUUCAAUACAAACAUGGGGAAGGUUAAUGAGUUCAACAUUAGUAUUAAUCACUAUCCAUCCCUGAAUUCAAAUGUUGGGGUACCUUCAACUUCUCAAAGGAUUUGUUCAUCCAUGGUUUGUGAUCCUUCAUUCACCACCACCACCAUUGCAAACUUGAGCAAUGACAAUGGCUGUUUUGAUGCAAAUGAGAAAUAUCCAGGCAUUGCUGAUGAAGUUGAUACCAACUUUACCACCUACAAAUGGCAGUUUUGAUGGGAAUGUGAAGCCUCUAAGACAUCAGAAUUAGGCUGUGAAGGUGACUCCAGCAAAUGAAGAUGACUGUUGAAAUUAAUGGAGAAAUUUAUCCGAGUUUCAAAUUAUUGUCUUAGAAAUUAGCAAUAAAUUUGCGAGUUUUAUGUUUUAAGAGUCAUUUUAGGAGUAUUUUAUAAGUGGAAUAUGGUCCUUUGUUUUAAGAGAUGUUUUAUAACAUGUUUGUAUGUUAAUGCUUUGGUGGGGUGGUUUAUUUAAGUGCAAAUCAUUUUAGUAAAUAAAACCGAGACAUUGUUUGACUGAGAAA